UGUUUCUGCGCAAAAUCGAUGAAUAAACUGUAAAGGGGAAACCGAAAACUAAAUAGAGCAGUGCGUUUUCUGCAAUAAAGCAAUAAAUAUUGUGUUCGUGCAAAGGAUCGAGAGUAAGGCUGACUGUAAGAGCCUCCGCAGGACUCCUUGGAAAAAUGGGUAUUACGGAGACAGCAGCAACAACAACUACCGGACUGGGAGCGGCAAACGCCGUGGAGAGCAAACAAAUCCUCUCGCUCGAGGUGUUCCAAGACAUCUUCAAGCACGUGGAACCGGAUGUGCAGAUCGAUGCCUUCGAGCUGGCCCAGGGCUCCGACCGGGGUGACAACUAUACGGCCGCCCUUUAUCGCAUAAAGCUGACCGGAAAGCGUAGGAGUCUCAAAUGGGAACAGAACGUCAUUUGCAAGGUGAUGCCAGAAAGUGUAGUCGCGCGGGAGGCCUACAAGAGCGACAAGCUCUUCCGCAACGAGGUGCAGUUCUACAACACCAUCAUGCCGGAACUGCUCAAGUUCCAGGCGAGCAAAACGAACCAGGACACACCCGUGUUUAAUGCCAUUCCCAAGUGCUAUUCAGCUAGGCAUGAUCUGCUCAUAAUGGAGGAUCUUCGCGAACGUGGCUUUCAGAUGUCCGACCGCCACAAAGGCCUCAGUCUGGAGGAGACGCAGUCCGUCCUGCUGCAGGUGGCCCAGCUGCACGGCCUUAGUCUAGCCUACAAGUUCGAGAAACCGCUGGAGUUCAGCAAUCUGUGCAGCAUGAUCAGUGAGGGCAUAUUCUGCACGGCCAAUACGAGUUGGUAUCGAAACUACUACGAACGCCUUACCAAGAACGCCAUUCAGAUGGUGUCCGAGGUGCUGCCCCCCGACUCCAAGUAUGUCCUGGCAAUGAACAAAUUCGCAGAAAGCUCCUCAUUCUUCGGUCGGAUGGUGAAGUUGGCCAGUACCGAGUCGCCGUUAUCGGCCAUUUGCCACGGCGACUGUUGGGUGAACAACUUUCUGUACCACUAUGAUCCGGAGGAUCCACACCGAGUGCUUGAGGUGGCGCUGCUCGACUUUCAGCUGAUACGCUACAGCUCGAUCGCACUGGACAUUGCCAAUCUGCUGUACUGCUGCACCACCAAGGAAAUGCGCGAUGCUCAGCUGCAGACUCUGCUCAAGAUCUAUACGGAGGAGCUGUUUCGAUGGCUGCAAAUGCUCUGCACAAAUUUGCCGGACCACUGCGACACGUUACAGAAGCUGCAGGAUCUUUUUGCCGAGGAGCUGAAGACAUACGGACGCUUUGCACUUGGUUUGGCAUUGGAUAUCCUGCCUAUUAGCACCUGCUCUUCGGAGGAUGCUCCCGAUAUGUAUUUGGAUCGAAGCGAUGAACUCGGGGAGGAUGUGGGCGCGCCCACGCUUAACUUUCCACCCAACGACCUGUGCCGCCAGAAGAUGUCGGAGAUAGUCAUUGAUAUGGUGGAUCGGGACAUGCUCUAGGCCACCCUGCAAUCGAAAUGGAACACUAGCUGUCAGCCCAAAACACCAAUUUCGAACAAUACACCGUGCUCCAGUUGAUGCUCACUUAACCCUUAGUUAUAUGUAUGCAAGAUAGUAAAAAUUAUCAGUAACUU